AUGAAGCUGUCGUCAUUGCCAAUUGUAACGUCACUUGAACUGAGCCGCGGGACAGGAGCGAACGGUCUCAGAAGACGAGGCAGACAAACGUACACUAGAUAUCAAACAUUAGAGUUAGAGAAAGAAUUCCACACGAACCACUACCUCACGCGGAGGAGACGCAUUGAAAUGGCGCACGCGCUCUGUCUGACGGAGCGACAGAUCAAAAUAUGGUUCCAGAACAGAAGGAUGAAAUUAAAGAAAGAAAUACAAGCCAUAAAAGAAUUGAAUGAGCAGGAGAAGCAAGCGCAGGCGCAGAAAGCUGCGGCGGCAGCGGCGGCGGCGGCGGCCGCUGCGCAAGGGCAUCCUGAACAUUAG